AUGGAGCGUUACGAGUCUCUGGGUCUGGUCGGGGAGGGCAGUUACGGUACCGUGCUGAAGUGCCGCCACCGAGACUCCGGUCGCCUCGUCGCCAUCAAGAAGUUCAUGGACUCGGACGAUGACAAGACGGUGAAGAAGAUCGCCGUGAGGGAGAUCAAGCUGCUGAGGCAACUGCGUCAUGACAACCUGGUGAACCUUCUAGAAGUGUGGAAGCGUCGCCGCCGCUGGUAUCUGGUGUUCGAGUUCGUGGAGCGAACGCUUCUGGAUGAUUUGGAGCAAAACCCGAGCGGACUGGACCUGAACACCAGCCGGCAGUACCUGUACCAGAUCCUGAGGGCUGCAGCCUUCUGCCACCAGCAAAAUAUCAUCCACCGUGACAUCAAACCAGAGAACAUACUCAUCUCUCAGGGAGGUGUUGUUAAGCUGUGCGACUUUGGCUUUGCCCGGACCAUGACGUUGCCCGCUGAGGGGGCGGUCUAUACUGACUACGUGGCCACUCGCUGGUACAGAGCUCCUGAACUGCUGGUGGGAGACACCAAGUAUGGCAAACCAGUAGAUGUGUGGGCUGUUGGUUGUCUGUUAAUAGAGAUGUUAACAGGUCAGCCUCUGUUUCCCGGAGACUCCGACCUCGAUCAAAUUUACCACAUCGUCACGUGCUUCGGUAACCUAACAGCUCAUCACCAGGAGUUGUUCUACAGGAAUCCCGUCUUUUCUGGAGUCAGACUGCCUGAAUGUUCUGGCAGAGUCCCACUGGACCAGCGCUUCCCUACAAUCACAACCACUGCCCUGAACCUGGCACAGAGUUGUCUCCAGAUGGAUCCAGAAAGACGUGCUCAGUGUUCAGAACUGUUAGAACAUCCUCUGUUCACGCAAGAUUCCUUCCACAUCAGAGUUUUGGACGAGCUGAAUGCUAAGAUCCAAAAAGAUCAUAGAGAAAACUCUACCCUUCCCAAAAUAGCCAAAACCCAAAGACGAGAAAAGGAUGAAGGGGAUGACCGCAGAGGCAAAGACAAGAAACAAUCUGAAGACAUGGAUCAGAAAGUUGACAAGGAAAAGGAGAAGAGGGACAAGGAGGGCAGAGAAUCAAAUACACCGAAAACAAAAGGCAAGCAGCCAACAAAGCCGCCUAAAACCGUUCGGAAUAUUUCAGAACCUUUGGUGUCCACCAAACAGUCCAAAACAUCAGGCACCAAGACUGCCGAUAAUGCAGCAAAAACGACUGUGGCCAUAAGAAGUAAACUGGCAAAAACUACUGGUGUGGAGCUGAGAAAGGAACCUGAAAAAACAACUAUAACCCUUACUUCCAAUUCUUUGGAGGCUUCCAAGAUUCCAAGCAAAAUUGAGGUUGCUACCCAAACUAUUCCUUCUGUCGCCAAGCCAUGUAAGACAACUACUACUUCAAAGCAUCCGACCAACCGCUCAAACAUGGACACCGAGCAAAGAAGGACCUCUGACAGUCCAAAAGUCUUACCCUCAAAUCCCAAGCCAUUUAAGACUACCUCAAACUCUGGCCCAAAAAUCAACAAAAACAUCACCUCUUUGACCACCAGCUCGUCAAAGAUUCUUACCUCAGAUCUUUCAGCGCAGUCCUCCACAGUUUUCAUAGAGGCCAGUCCUACCCACAGCACUACAAUACCACCUAAAGGAACCCUCCAAACUGACUCAUCUUCAGAUACUAAACCCACAAAUGACACCACCUGUGUACCCAAUCAAUCUUCCAGGUGCCUUACAACAGACAGAGGACUUACAGAAGUAUUGAUUGCAAACAAAAAUCAGCAGGGUGAUUUUAAUGCUUCAAAAAAGGACAUAAAGGAGGCUCACGGAUACUUGAAGAAGAGCCCAGUGACCAAAACCGCUGAGAUAUCCAGUGCUUCAGGUGGAUAUUAUGAGGAGAAUCUUGGAUCUUCUGAGCCCUGCAGCAUCAAUGAGCAGAGUACUUCCAAGUCCAAGAUCACCACAGAAUCCAGAUCCCCCUCAACCUCCAUGCCGAGUGAAAUCCCUAAAACCAACACAUCAGUAGGGACUGUCCCGAAAACACUGAACGCCUCAGAUAAAGAGAACAGAGAGGAUUUGGCAUUUUCUGUAUCCAACAAUGCAAUGACCAAUUCUUUGGUACAUCAAAUCUCAAAGGUUUCUAGAAGCUCAAAUAGUGAGCGAAAGAACAGCAGCAGUGAAGCUGAACCUAACAUGAAAUCCUUGAAACCACCUCACUCCAAAUCUUUGAUCGGAGAACCUAAAACAAAGCUUGGGUCUUUUAGCAACCACACCAAGUCCAGCGCAGCAAUGACUCAGAAAACUUCUACAGAGGCAAGGAAGAAAAGAGACAACCCAGAAAGGAAUAUCACAUCAAAUAUAUCCACAUCUGCAGAUUCAACUUCAUUCACUUCUACAGAUAAUUCAGAGCACAAAGCUAUGUCAAGAAGCUCUGUAUAUUACAACAUGGACACUGCAUACGUUAAUGAGCUGGAUUUCAGUUUACCCCAUUCCUCUCCACCUCCUCCUCCUCCUCCACCCUCGUCUACUCCACUACUCCUCCCUCCAUCUUCCACACCCCUUAUUCCCUCUUUCUCUGUCAUCAGUACCAACAGCCCAGCCCCUAGCGAUCACCUUACCCUUGGUGCUGGUUUCCAUCCUGGGGCCCACAGCCUUUGGUGUUUAGACAAACCAAGGCAUCACGGUGGCAUUUACAGUCGACAGGCCCAACAAUCUCUGUCCAGCCACAUUACAGGAUCACUCACAGCACAGGUGUCGGAGAAGAGUCUGAUGUGCGAGCGUUCCUUCCUGUCUGACCGCUGUAACCACAGCGGCGGCAUUACAGUGUCCAAAAAGAAGUCAGACAUCCAUUUCCCAGAUUUAAGAACCUCAGUGCUGCCAGGGCUCCGAGGAAGAGAAGGUAAACACACCAAAAGCACUUCCAAUGAUCAGAGGAAAGAGAAACAGCUGGUUCCCUCCAUUCCUCCAUCAGAACCACAGCAUCACGGACACAACAGUACUGAUUCACACUCAACAUAAAAGCUUUCAGAUAUUCACCUCUUUACUUCAAUGUGACUGCGAAAAAAAGUGAAUGUGUUGGUAGA